UUAUAGGUAGAACACAGCUGUGUUUCUGCUGAAAAGCCCCAGGCUGGGCUUGGCCUUUGUACCUUUUUCUGCUGAAGAAACCAAUAAGUAUGGGGAGGUAGAAGAGACACUCAAACCAUCUCCCAACCCUUGGGCUGCAGGGGACCUUGGUCAGUCAACCUUUGACCCUCUAGCCUGUGGUGAUGUCAUAGCUGUGCCAUGGCAACAGAGCACAUUCUAGGAGAAGAGACAGGGUGAGAGGUGGCCAUGAUGCCCUUGGUCUGAGGUGGUCCUGCUGGGAGCUCCUUCCUCCACGUGGGGUCGGGAUGGAGAAGGAUGCCACAACUCACAGGAGACACCGGCCAGGCCCCGGGACCCUGCCCCCAGGAAUGGCCCCCGGACACCUUAAGGCUGCCAGUGAGGGGGCAGAGCUCCACAGGAGCAGGAGCAUGGGUGGCUUGCACCAGAAAGGGGACCCACCAAGCCAUGUCAGGAAGCUGCACAAAGAGCCAGAGUCUGAAGACCAGGGGAAAGACCCAAAGAGUGAAGUAGACGACAUCAUCUGCCAGGCAAACUUAGAGGAAGACAAGAAGGAAACGAGUCUGGAUGCACUGGGAAAGCUGGACCACAAGAGUGGGAAAAUAGAGCCAGAGAGUGAGAAGAAUGAUUCUGAAGCCAGCGCCAAGGAGGAGCAGGAUGGAGAACUCAAGGGAAGAUGUGCCCCAGAGGCUGAGGAUCAAGAUUCAGAGUCUGUGAGGCUGAGCAGCCUUCUGGAAAAGGAGAAACCAUCAGUGUUUGUGGAGAUUGACCUGGGAGACCACGUGGAGGAGGAGGUCAUCUGUGCCACAGGAGAAGAGAAGAGGCCUGAGAUGGACACAGGGGACUUGUCAGAGGAUGAGACAAGGACCAGCUGGGUGUGCUGCAUCCCAUACCCCAUGAGGAGGAGGGCAAGAGAGAACCCAGCAUCCCUGGAGAAGGUACUUGGCAUCUGGAGAAGAGGGAAAGGCCAGGGACGAAGCACAGGGAUGGUCAGGCACCUGUGCUCACCUGAAAGCCCUCUACCUGCAUUCCCAGGAUUCCCAUGUUCAUCUCAUGGAAAUUGCCAGAGGUAGAGCGAAUAACAAGGGGCAGAUAGUGGUGUGAUGAAGGAGCUAGGUGGCUUCAGGAACGUUGUUUAAUGCUCUUGGCAGUCUCCUGUUGGGAAAAGGGCCAAGGCACCCAGUGUCAAUCCAGCUCUGGAGCCAGCUCCUCUCCUAGCAAUUGCCAGAGUCAUGAUGUGGCUGCAACCAGGGAGUCGUGGCCCCAAUGAGAAAUGGCAGGAUGUACAGGGACCCUGGACACGACGGAACCAGAACGGUCACUUAAGAAACCAAUGAUCCAAAGGAAGAGGGCUACAGAUGAAGAGAUGGGACAGGGUUCCAUCUUCUUUAACACGCCAAGUUAGCACCACCAUCCUGAGUCAGCCUUAUCAGUGAGGCAUGAGCCUCACUCUGGACCCACCCUUCAGAGGCAAGCACACAUUGGCACUCCCACAUAGGGGUGUUACAUGCUUACAGCAUAUGCAUACAAGCACACUCACAGAGGGACGCAUGCAUAGCCACACAACUCAUACAGAAACCACACAUGUGUACAUAGGGGUGUGCACAUAUGAUCUCAUGCAUGUCCACAGUUAUGUGUGGCCACAUGAGUACAGCAGUCUGUGUACCUGUGCACAGGUGUACAUAUACUUGUUGGCAUAUGCAGAGUGACACAGUUUCAAGUAUGCAGGGUCUCGGACAUUACCACAACCAUGCAGUCCCUACAUUUGUGUGUAGAGUAGAGGCAGGUAAGUUAGAAGCCACAGGUGACUUGCAUGUCUGCAUGUCAGCUGUUCCCCUGCGUGUUCAUGGAGUACAUAUGAGGACUUGGAGGUUACUCAGCCAGAGAGGGCACGUGCUCCAUAUUAGUCUUUUCUGUCAGCUCUGGGAGGGAGUUGUGCAGCAGUCACCACCCCAGACGAUGAGUGCACUCCCAGCAGGGAUGGUGGCCCCUUUCACCUCUCCCACAGUGCCACCUGGUGGCCAGACUUCCCAAACCUCUCUUUUCAGUCCUAGGAAUAGACCGUCCAGGAUGUUGGUGGCUUGGAGCUUCAUCACCGUCGCAGAACUUAAACCCUUCGGCUAAUUAUUCUCUAGAGGACAAGCUAGAAAUGUGAACAUGCAUUGCUGAGCCAUCAAUUACGAUGUCCUGGGCUGUAGCUGGAGGUUGGGGCAGCCAACAACUCCACCGUGCUAUCCUUGGUACCCUGAGGGACACAGACUCUCAUUGGGGGACCCUUGUCCUCAGAUAGUGCUUGGUGGUGUGGGGCCCCCAAAGCACUUUCCUGCCUGAACCCCACAGAAGAAAAAGAAAAAAAAAACCUUUAAAUGUGGACAUCCAAGGUUCCUGUGUGGCCGCCUCAGGGAUGUGGUGGGUAUGGAGGGCUUUAGAGCCCAAGAUAGGCCCUGGGGGCUGAAGGCCUUGAGGAGGUACUGAGUCACUGGGAGACAUGUUGGGCCCAAUGAAGGUCUGUGGCUUGGGGGAUGACAGAAUGGGACCAGGGCAUAUGUAGGAAGAGAAAAGACCUAAUACUGAAUUGGAGAGGACCACAAGAAGAGAUGACCCCAAGCUGACCCUUGGGGGCCCAAAAGGGCUGACAUCUCAGUAUCUUCUGUGUCAGCUUUGGGACACAUUUUUAGGAUUCAGUGAACAUCACAGCUAUGUGGAGUUCUGACAAAGAAUGUCCAAGCAGGGGGCAGGGACUGAGACCUAAGCACAUAUUUUCAUUCUCUUGGGAGUGAAAUCAGUAUGAGAUCAUCAGUGCCCUCACUAGAUGGAGACCAUGGGUCUUGAGGCCAGACCCAGCACCAGGCUAUGUGUGAGAUAGGAAGGGCCUCACCCUUGAGUACCAGGUGCUCUCUCAGACUGUCAGCCCAGGUGAGCCUUGUACCAUUCCAAGAGGAUCCCCUGCUUGCUCCCCAGAAUCUAGCUGGAGGCUUCAGAGCAGAGUAACAGGUGUUCAGGGGCAAGGGGCGUUCUCAAAGUCAGCAGAAACUUGUAGGACAGGCCUAGGUGUGCCCAGGAUCUGCCUAGUCUCCCAGCGCCUCCCCAGGCUGCCACCUCUGAGACUGAGGACUAACUGGCAGGGAACCCACAUGUGGCCCACAUGAGUUUGCCCCUGAGAUGGAAACAUUUCAGGAAGUGGCUUGGGCCUUAGCCUGGGAGGAGAGGUUGGGAUGAGGCAGGGUAUCCUAAAGCCUCCAGUGCUGCCACCCUGGGGUCUGCUGUUGUGAGGCUGGACUCCGGUCCAUCAGAUCGUGCUCUGUAGGGUAUGAGGCUUGGCUCGGCUCUACUUGUCACCAUGAUUUCUUAAGGAGAAUUUUCAGCUGGCUUCAUAAAAGGCAAACCAGUAACCAGCACAGACCCAUGAAUGAAUGUAGCCAGGGGCCCCCUCCCACUUGCCCAUACCCCAUUGGGCCCCUGGAAAUGUUUAUCAGAGGGUGUAUACCAAGGACUCAGUGACAUUAGGGCCAGCAUCAGGCUGGCCCAACAUGCUGAGGAGAGUGAGCCAUGGGGCUACCAGCCCUCCAAUCCUGGAGGCUUCACCCUCCUGCCCCUUGCCACCGUUAGCCGAGUUGGUUGAGAGUUGACCAGGUCCCCACACAGCCCUGUCAUCCUCUUGUAGAUACUACAGAUCCAGAAGCUUGGGACUCCAUCCCACUCACGCUGAACAUGCAAACACAGCCCCCCCUCCCCCAAACCCAUGCUGCUUUACGGUGACAUUAAAGUUUACAUAUUCACAGUCCCCUUAGGUUCAUUAAACUCUCAGCACACGGGGACAUGCCUUGUACUGACAGCAGCAGCUGUCACUGCCCCACAGUGCCCAGGGAGCUGUGCUUGCUUCAUCCUGCUCAGGCUGGGUCCUCUGGAAGCUAGCUUCCAUCCCAAACAAUCUCAAGGUCCCCACUAUCACCUCAUUAGGCUAGACAAAUACAGCCUCCAUACUUGCUGUGGCAACACCCUAUUACUCAAGAAAUAUACAUUCCUGUAGCCCUGUGUCUGGACCUGGUCACAAAGGCCAGAUUCAUUACAUGGUCAGCUCAUCUAGAUCUUUAGUUCUCUCAGUGGUGGUUCCUAGAGUUAAGGGGUAAACUUCAGUUAUCUUUCUACUGCAAACAUCCCAUCUACUGCCAGCUUUAUCCCUCAACAUUUGACUUCGAAGCCAGGAACAGCUGCUGGAAGGCUCUUCUCCCCUCCUUCACCACUGGACAGUAGGACGGAUGGAUGAAUUCUUGUGUGGUUUGCCUGCCUGCCUCACUGAGGGUCUGGGGCUGCUUCCUCUACGAGCAUGAGGCCUAUGUGAAGUAUCAGCAAGAGUUUUUGAGAAAUGCUAAUGGGUCUUUGAGAGCUUCAGACAACCUGUUGAGAAUUCCAAAGAGCCCAGCCCCUCAGCCAUGCAUGGGCCUGGUAUGGUUCUGAGGCCGCUUGAGCCCUGCUGCCCUGUUCACCCUCGGAGAACCUGUGCACCAGCAAGACAUUGACACCUGGAAAGAUAUGUGAGCUGCUCACCACCAAGCUUCACAGACAAGGACGGGGGCCCCCUAGGUACCUGCAGAGUUCUUCCUGCUUCUAGAAGCAGCCAGACACCCGGCUAUCUCUUGACCUAUUUUUUUGGCCCUUCAUUUUUCCUUUUUAUGUUUGCAUGUCAACUCCUGAGUGCCCUCUGUCCAGCCCUGUGGAACUGGGAGUGCCAUGGGAGGGCGGCUCAGCCUGAGUACC